AUGUUCCAGGUGAAUACGUGGGAAAGAAUGACAUUCAAUGCGUUCAUGCACCCUCGAAACUUGUACAAACACAAUCGACCCAACUUCGCAGAACUGGCACAGAUGGAUCCGGAGUUCAAGAAGCACUGCCGUGUGGGGCUCGACGGAAUGCUGACGCUCGAUUUCAAAGAUCCGCAGGCCGUCAGAGCUUUGACGUUGGCAUUGUUGAAGAAGGAUUUCGAUUUGGAAGUUGAUUUCCCUUUGGAUUCCCUUGUCCCUCGUGUUCCUCUUCGCCUGAAUUAUAUUUUGUGGCUCGAAGACAUCGUCAAGGAAAACAAAUUUGCCCCUGACGCUGACGACCAGAUUUUCGGAAUUGACAUUGGUAAUUUUUCGUUCGAUCAUGUUUACAUUCCAUCAGUGUUCUGUCAACUAUUCACCUUUUCUCGACUUCUAAACCAUUAUAACAUGGCCUAAAG